AAUGGCAAUCCUGCCUUUACACUGUCAUUAGGACUGUACGGUUGACGAUGAAUCUACCACAGCUCCAGGCUCAAAGGCGAAAGACUGAGCAAGAGAAUGUGAAGACAUAUUUCAGGACAUUGUGAGUGCCACUAAAGAUGUCUGAUAGUGUCGAUAUUGAAGAGAAACCACCAGCCCCCCCCUUGAGAAUGAACAGUAGUUCCCGAGACUCUUCAUCAGUGAAUCACGCCUCUAAACCACUUCCAAUGGCUCCUGAAGAGAAAAACAAGAAGGUCCGCCUGCGCUCCAUCUUCCCCGGGGGAGACAAGACAAACAAGAAGAAGGAGAAGGAACGUCCUGAGAUAUCCCUACCCUCAGACUUUGAACAUACCAUUCAUGUUGGCUUUGAUGCUGUAACAGGAGAAUUCACGGGUAUCCCAGAGCAGUGGGCGCGGCUCCUACAGACCUCGAACAUCACCAAGCUGGAGCAGAAGAAGAACCCACAGGCCGUGUUGGACGUCUUAAAGUUCUACGACUCCAAAGAGACCGUCAACAACCAGAAAUACAUGAGCUUCACCUCUGGAGACAAGUCGGCACAUGGCUACAUAGCAGCAAACACUUUGAACCGACUGCUGUCAUCUGGGCCUCCUGUCAGCCUUAGAACCUGCAGCGCAUUAUUUGACAAGGGUGCCAAAACGUCAUCGUCAGAGCCCCCGAUUGCUCCACCUGUGUCAGAGGAGGAGGAUGAGGAGGAAGAGGAGGAGGAGGAGGAGGAGGAAGAGGAGGAUGAUGACGACGAAUUGCCCCCGGUCAUCGCGCCUCGGCCCGAGCACACCAAAUCUAUCUACACGCGCUCUGUCAUGGACCCACCAAAGCCCCCCACCCCUGUGAAAGAAGUUUUGACUCCACCGGAGUCGCAGGUGCAGCCAGAGAACACAUCCAACACAAUGUAUCGCCACACUGACCGCCAGAGGAAGAAGUCCAAAAUGACAGAUGAGGAGAUUCUGGAGAGACUCAGGAGUAUUGUGAGCGUGGGGGAUCCCAAAAAGAAGUACACGCGCUUCGAGAAAAUAGGACAAGGAGCAUCCGGCACUGUGUACACUGCCAUCGACAUCGCAACUGGCCAAGAGGUGGCCAUUAAGCAGAUGAACCUGCAGCAGCAGCCCAAGAAAGAGCUGAUCAUCAAUGAGAUCUUGGUGAUGAGGGAAAACAAGAACUCCAAUAUAGUGAACUACUUGGACAGUUACUUGGUGGGAGAUGAGCUAUGGGUGGUGAUGGAGUACUUGGCCGGUGGCUCGCUGACAGAUGUAGUGACUGAGACCUGCAUGGACGAGGGCCAGAUCGCUGCGGUCUGCAGAGAGUGUCUUCAAGCUCUAGACUUCCUACACUCCAACCAGGUGAUCCACAGAGAUAUAAAAAGUGACAACAUCCUCUUGGGUAUGGACGGAUCCGUCAAGCUUACCGACUUUGGCUUCUGUGCCCAGAUCACUCCAGAGCAGAACAAGCGCAGCACGAUGGUCGGAACGCCCUACUGGAUGGCACCGGAGGUGGUCACUCGAAAGGCUUAUGGCCCAAAAGUGGAUAUCUGGUCCCUGGGAAUCAUGGCGAUAGAGAUGGUGGAGGGAGAACCGCCCUACCUGAACGAGAAUCCACUCAGGGCGCUGUACCUGAUAGCUACCAACGGGACUCCAGAGCUGCAGAACCCAGAGAGACUGUCAUCCGUGUUCAGAGACUUCCUCAACCGUUGUCUGGAGAUGGAUGUGGACCGCAGAGGCUCUGCCAAGGAGCUGCUACAGCAUUCCUUCCUCAAGCUGGCGAAGCCUCUAUCCAGCCUGACGCCUCUGAUUGUAGCCGCGAAGGAAGCCAUAAAGAACAGCAGUCGCUAGGGAGUGCCCUCUGUCCGCACCCAAGGCUGGAGCCCUGCCUGUGUUGUGUGCGUUCGUGGGGGCAGAGACUUGGGUGUAUGGUUGGUGGGUGACGUGACAGUGACAGCACAAGGAGGGGGCUUUGUGUGACGUACAGUGACAGCACAAGGACAAAAGACCCCCAGGCCUCAAAUGUAGGACGGACAUCUGGCCUUGCAGCCUCUCGGCCCAUGCUGCUGAAAAGACCUUGCCUCUUCGUUUACUUCUCCAGCACUCUGUACAUGUAGAGCAGUCCAUCACAAGUGUGUGUGUGUGUGUGUGUGUGUGUGUG